AUGGAACAUUUAGUGAAUGAGACAAGGUCAUUUGAACAGUCUGCUUUAGACGCAUAUAAAGUUACUCAAGAUUCCAGUCCUGAAGUAGAAUUAGUUCAUAGUAAUAGUGUAGGUAAUGAAUGCGAAGGAAGACAGUGGCAGAGAGAACAGGAAGAAAUAGCAUGGCAGAGAGAAAGACAGAAGCGUGAGUGGGAAUGUGAAGAGAGAGGGUUCAAAUUAAAUCAACAAGAGAUAGAAUUACAAAAAUUACAGCUAGAAAGCUAG